UUCAAUCGGAGUUCUGCCCUUAUCAGACAUCAGACAAUCCACACAGGUGAGAAACCUUAUGAAUGCGCUGAGUGUGGGAAAUGCUUCAUCGAUAGUUCAGCCCUCAUCUCACAUCAGCGAAUCCAUACAGGAGAAGCACCCCACAGAUGCUCAGAGUGCGGGAAAAUCUUUAGUCAGAGCUCUACCCUGAACACACAUCGUAGAAUCCACACAGAAGAAAGGCCGUACACAUGCUCUGAGUGCGGGAAAAGCUUCAAGCACCGCUCUGCCCUUAUCACACAUCGAAUAAUCCACACGGGAGAAAGACCCUACACAUGCUCUGAGUGUGGGAAAAGCUUCAAGCACCGCUCUGCCCUUAUCACACAUCGAAUAAUCCACACGGGAGAAAGACCCUACACAUGCUCUGAGUGUGGGAAAAGCUUCAAGCACCGCUCUGCCCUUAUCAAACAUCGAAGAAUUCACACAGGAGAAAGGCCGUACACAUGCUCUGAGUGUGGGAAAAGCUUCAGUCGGCGCUCAAACCUUAUCAUACAUCAGAGAAUCCACACAGGGGAGACGCCCUACAUGUGCUCUGAGUGUGGGAAAAGCUUCAAUCACUGCUCUGCCCUUAUCAAACAUCGAAGAAUCCACACAGGAGAAAGUCCCUACACAUGCUCUGAGUGUGGGAAAAGCUUCAGUCGGCGCUCAAACCUUAUCAUACAUCAGAGAAUCUACACAGGGGAGACGCCCUACAUGUGCUCUGAGUGUGGGAAAAGCUUCAAUCACUGCUCUGCCCUUAUCAAACAUCGAAGAAUCCACACAGGAGAAAGGCCGUACACAUGCUCUGAGUGUGGGAAAAGCUUUAGUCAGUGCUCAAACCUUAUCAAACAUAGGAAAAUCCACAUGGGUGAGAAAUCUUAUGGAUGCUCUGAGUGUGGGAAAUGUUUCUUUCAUCAUUCAGACCUCAUCUUACAUCAGAGAAUCCACACAGGGGAGAAGCCCUACACAUGCUCUGAGUGUGGGAAAAGCUUUAGUCAGAGCUCUGUCCUUAUCAGACAUUGUAGAAUCCACACAGGAGAGAAGCCCUACAUGUGCACUGAGUGUGGGAAAAGCUUCAAUCGGCGCUCAAACCUUAUCAGACAUAGGAAAAUCCACCUUGGAGAGAAGCCCUAGACAUGCUCUGAGUGCAGGAAAAGCUUCAAAAAGCACUCAAGCCUCAUUAGACAUCAGAAAAGCCACAUGAGAGAGAACUGUAAUAAAUCCCUUGACUAGGGUU